AUGACUGCCACCAGCGCGUCGAGUGCUGAGUGGAGUCUCAGCAGCGUGAAGAGCAUGGGACUCCAAGAGGAAGCCUGGUGAGCAUUUGCUGCCCUGGUCGACCCUCUGGCCGCCCUGCUGGACAUGCUGGAGGAUGGACAGGAUGGUCAGAAGCCGCGGCUUCCGGGGCCGGCCCACUCCAAGCCGCUGUCGGCCUCCGUGCUGGGCCCCCACUCCACUGAGGCAGGGUCUCCUUUUCCAGGACAGCUGCGGGUCUGUGCACUCAAUGUCCUUGCCCAAAGCCUCCUAAACUGGUGGAGCCCCUGCGUGGGCCAGGCAUCUGGGUCCGCAGAGCCCCUCUCGCUGUGGAGCCGAGAGCUCCUGGCGUGCCUGCCUCGCUCCCGCCACGUGGGCCUCCUCUGCGGCAGAUACCUUCCAACUCCCACGGGGCCUCGCAGCCUGAGAAACCAGCUGUGUUCCCAUGAAGCCACAGAAGCUGGGCUGCAGCGUGGGCCCUCGGGCCGUCGGGAGACGCAGACGCAGAGCCGGGGCAGCCCGCUCGGGAGCUGGCCCCUCCGGGAGACGCUUGGCAGGCGUCAGACCCCUUGUCUUCUGUGCCGUGUUGAGGCCACAGAAGCAGCUGUGGUUGUGCAGAGUUUGGCAGCUGAGCGCGUCUCUGGGCCCCUUCAGCGAAGAAAAGCCAUUGUCCCGAGCCGGACCGCCCGGCAGGCGGUGCAUGCCCCACUGCCCACCGCCGCGCCCGCGGGAGAGGGCCGCAUUCAGUGCAACGUGUGCAUGCUCCGGCCAGUGUGCAUGCUCCGGCCAGUGUGCAUGCUCCGGCCAGUGUGCAUGCUCCGGCAAGUGUGCAUGCUCCGGCCAGUGUGCAUGCUCCAGCAAGUGUGCAUGCAGCCGGCAGUGGUGCUGGGUGCGAGGUUGAAGCUGCAGCCAGAACUGGAUGUUGAAAAGAUGAGCACCCCAUUGCUGCUCCCAGACAGAGUAGACCUCGUGAAGAACUACGUGGCCGACUUCCCCAACCUCCAGAGCAGGCUGCUGGGCCUCAUGGACCCCUGGUGCCAGGUGCACCCCAGCCCCACAGGGUCCUGGCACCUCGUGCUGAAGCCCACGCGAGGUGCCCGCUGCUCUCCAGAGCCCACGCGAGGUGCCCGCUGCUCUCCGAGGCCGCCAGGCCACAGCCAGCAGGCCGCUGGUGACAUCGGCCCCCUUCGGAACUGGGCUGCAAGGCUGUAA